AUGAAGUGUAAUAAUUGUCCAUUGCCAAUUACAAAUGGAAUUUCAUUGGCAUCCACCUGUCCAGGUUUUGUGCUUUUUCAAUUUUUGUCAAUUUUAGAAUUUUUUAUUCGUAAACAAUGUGACCUUGAGGAUCCUUGUGGACGAGUAUUACCACGUGAUAAUCCCGAAGGAAGUUACGAUUUUAUUGUUAUUGGAGCCGGAAGUGGUGGUGCAACAGUUGCAUCAAGAUUAUCGGAAAAACAAUGUUUUUCUGUUUUACUAUUGGAGGCAGGAUUAGAUGAGAUAUCAUGGGUUCAGGUACCAUCUCUAUCCAGUAGAAUUAGUGGUACAUCAGUUGAUUGGCAACAUCGUGGUGAAAUCGAAAAAUAUGGAUGUCUCAAUAAAAAAGAAAAAAGAUGCGUAUGGUGUGGAGGAAAGGUCCUAGGUGGUACUAGUUCUAUCAAUGGAAUGAUGUACAUGAGAGGAUCACAUAAAGAUUUCAACGAUUGGGAAAAACUGGGCAAUAAAGGUUGGUCCUACAAAGAUGUUCUACCAUUCUUUAAAAAAAGUGAAAAAAAUUUACAAAUGGAUGAACUUGAUCCCGAAUAUCACAGUAAUAAGGGACCUUUACCAAUUUCGAAAUUCAAUUAUCAACCACCAAUGACCCCUGAUAUUUUAGAAGCUGCUAAAGAAUUAGGUUACGAUAUUGUCGAUUUGAAUGGAAAAACUCAUACUGGUUGGACAGUUGCACAAACAACGACAAAUGGAGGAUCGCGAUUUUCAACAGCUCGAGCAUUUUUACGACCUGCACGAAAUCGUCAAAAUCUACACAUUAUGAUUAAUAGCACCGUGACGAAAAUUAUUUUCAAUGAUGAGAAAAAAGCAAUUGGAGUUGAAUUUUACAAAAAUGAAAAAUUUGUACAAGUUAGAGUUAAUAAAGAAGUCAUUGUUAGUGCAGGUGCAAUUAAUUCACCACAUAUACUGCUAAACAGUGGAAUUGGACCAAAAGAGGAAUUAGAAUUCCUUAAAGUUCCUGUUGUGCAUAAUCUUCCGGGUGUUGGAAAAAAUUUUCACGAUCAUGUUCAAUUUCUUUUGACAUUAACUAUUGAUGAGAAGGAACAGAAUGCUUUGAAUUGGGUUUCGGCUAUGGAUUAUUUACUUUACAGAAAAGGACCACUAUCAUCAACAGGUGGAUGGCAAGUGACUGGAAUGAUAAAUACAAAAUUUGCAAAUCCACAAGAUGAUCAUCCGGAUAUACAUAUGGUAUACGGUGGAUAUGGAGCAUUCUGUUCACAGUCUGCAAAUAUAAAUACGGAUGAAAAUUCAAGAAGAAAAGUAACAAUAGUACCAGUGGUGCUACAUCCCAAAAGUAGAGGUUACGUUCGUUUGGCGAACAAUAAUCCUUUAUCAAGACCACGCGUUACAGCUAAUUUUUUCUCUCAUCCCAAUGACGCGUCAGUUCUAGUCGAAGGAAUUAAAUUUGCCCUUAAAAUGAUAAAAGCAAAAGCUCUUGAAAAAUAUGACUUUCAAUUGGACGAGACACCGGUGAAAAAUUGUGAAAAUUUGAAAUUUGGAAGCGAUUCCUAUUGGCAGUGUGCUGUGAGACAUGAUACAUCGACAGGUGCACAUUAUGCUGGUUCUUGUAAAAUGGGAUCUAAUUCAGAUAAAUUGGCAGUAGUUGAUAAUGAAUUGAGAGUUAGAGGUGUUCAAGGAGUGAGAGUUGCCGAUACCAGUAUUAUGCCACGAGUUACAUCGGGAAAUACAAAUGCCCCGGCAAUUAUGAUUGGCGAAAGAGCUGCAGAUUUUAUUAAGAAAACUUGGAAAUUCAACUAUUGUUAA